AUGGUGUCCUAUGUGAGAAGUUCUGCGGCUGUACCGUGGAAAACUGCGCCUACAAAUUCACAGGCUGUGCCUGCCACUCGCAAGGCAAAACUUGCCUCUCAAAAGGAAAGGAAAGGCCAUCUGAACCGCGAAUGCGAUCCAGAUGUUUGUGGUCGAUGUGGGGUGGUUGAGAGAGCCGAUCCUGAGAACGCUGAUGAUGAAGUUCUCCAUUCUACCGGCUGUCAAAACUGCUCGCUGCAGCGGGGCCAAGCGAAGAGCCUCGCUCUUGGAGAGAGUCAACUUGAGGGAGUCGGGUAUGGGUUAUUCACUAUCGAAGAUAUUUCACAGGACGAUUUCAUCAUCGAAUAUGUAGGUGAACUGAUCACACACGACGAAGGAGUACGACGUGAAGCCAGACGUGGCGACGUGUUCGACGAAGAAUCAAACAUUUCGUACGUCUUUACUCUAUUAGACAACGAAGGUAUUUGGGUGGACGCUGCGACCUAUGGUAAUUUGAGUCGCUACAUCAACCACGCAUCAGAGAGCGAUAAGCGCGGAUGCAAUAUCACCCCACGAAUCCUUUACGUCAAUGGCGAAUACCGCAUCAAGUUUACAGCCAUGCGUGAUAUCAAAGCUGGAGAGGAAUUGUUCUUCAAUUAUGGCGAAAACUUCCCCAAUCUGACAAAGAAGCUACUCGACCAUAAGGUGGGAGGGAAGUCUGACCAGGGUAAAAAACGAUCGCGGCGGCCCAACGGAGAAGGAGUCGCAAGGAAGAAUCCAAAGACGGAUAAGAAGAAGCCCGGAAAGGGAAAGAAACGUGCUCAAGCAGUUCUCGAUGAAGACGAUAUGCUGGUGGAUACGCUUGGUUUCGCUCCAAAGCCUCUACGUAAGCGUAAGAAGGGCCCAUUCGAGGAAGACUCAGAAGAAGAAGAGUAUCACCCGACUGGCACCGAUGCCUCUAUCAUGGAAACACCUUCAGAUGGAGAUUCGGAUUUUGGAAAUUCAGCAGCAAGACUAAGAAAACGAGCGCGACAAGAUGGCAAGGGAGCAGCGUCGAGCCAUAAUGGCAAACCACGAGGAGACCCAAAAACACGCGGCAAAAGAGGAGGCGCCAGACCUGGAAGUGGUCGGCCGAGAAAGUAUCCACGAAAGCUGACUUCAGCUCCGAUGAUGGAGCAUCCUUCAGCUUCGGAAUCGCAAGAUCGAGAAGACCCAGAAGAACGCCAGAUCGUGGCUGCAGAUACCAUCGUGCCUACUGCACUGCAACAGCCACAGCCAAUGGAAAUCAACGACAGCAUGGAAUAUAUCACUUUUUCAGAGGAACGCACUGAAGAGUCCAGGCUGCUCCAGAGCCAACUAGAGGAGGACAAUGAUGACGACGACGACGACGAGGACCAAGACGUGGUUGUACGGUCGCGCGUUGAUCGAGGUGUCAGAAACCGGCGCCCAACAGCCAAGUUAAGAGAUGACGGAGACUGGUUAGGCGGGAGUCAAUAA